AUGGUCUAUCUACUUCCACGACCUCAGCAGCGAAGAGAUCCAGAACAAGAUCCCCUGGCCCUCUUCUCCCAGACACGACAGUCCCAGCACACAGGCACCCACGCUGGGGACUUCUACACGCGAUCCCUAUCAUCCAUCUACCACGGCGUCGACUUCACCGGCACCACGGCGAUCGACGAACUCACACUCGCCAUCGUCUUCCCCAAAGGGGAGCGGUCUCGCUGGGCUCCACUCGUCAAAUACUUGAACGAUACGGCUGGCAUCUUGGCACCCUCGCUCAUCAAUAUCAUCGCACUUGCCGUCCGGAAUGUUGGUGAUGCUAUUUUGGAUAUGGGUUUCAAGUAUGAGGCAAGACUGGCAGUCGCCAAAGCUGCUCAAGCAGUUCAGGUUAUGGGUAGUUGCGUGAAGCGACGCAGGCAGGGGGAUCUUGAGGUUGAAUAUGAGUCGUUGAAGGAGCUUAAGCCAGUGGAAAAGGUCUCCAUGCAUGAAGAGCGAUGGUGGAUAUCGUGGAUUCGUUGGUUCUUUUUGUAA